CUUCUCGGAACCCUAACAGGGGCCACCGGAAGUGACGCGCCGCGGAAGACGUACGCACUUCCGAUCUCCUUAGCCGCGCUCCGUCGGGGCCGGGCUGCUCUGGCUUGCUGUCUCAGCUGCUCUGGAGGAUUCUCGUCGGAUUGGUAAAGUAGCCCUGAUGAAACCAUGACCAGGUGGGCUAGAGUUACUACCUCAAAUAAUAGGAGGCCCUUGUCUGCAACAUCAUGGGAGGACAUGAGGAAGGGGUCUGUGGAGAGAGCAAAUCAGAACUUCCCAAAGCAAAAACAUCAAGGGAGUGGACUGUCUCUUAAAAAUGAUGCACCUCAAACAAAACAUAAGAAGAACAAAAAGAAAAAAGAAUACUUGAAUGAAGAUGUGAAUGGAUUCAUGGAAUACCUGAAACAGAACUCACAAAUGCUUCACAAUGGAGAGCUGGUCUCAGCAGACAGCCAGGGAGUGAGGGAAGAGAUUGCACUGGCCUUAAAGAAAGACAGUCGACGGGAAGGAAGACGGUUAAAAAGACAAGCAGCAAAGAGAAAUGCAAUGGUGUGCUUCCAUUGUAGACAGCCUGGCCAUGGGAUUGCAGACUGCCCAGCUGUGCUCGAGAGUCAGGACAUGGGCACUGGCAUUUGCUACCGCUGCGGGUCCACGGAGCACGAGCUCACCAAGUGCAGAGCCAGCGUAGACCCUGCUCUCGGUGAAUUUCCUUUUGCAAAAUGUUUUGUCUGUGGAGAAAUGGGACACCUCUCCAGGUCCUGCCCUGAUAAUAGAAAAGGAGUCUAUGCUGAUGGCGGUGGCUGUAAGCUCUGUGGCUCUGUGGAACACUUGAAGAAAGAUUGCCCUGAAAAUCAGAAUUCAGAGAAGAACGUUACAGUUGGUCGUUGGGCAAAGGGAAUGAGUGCAGACUAUGAAGAAGUUCUGGAUGUGCCCAAACCACAGAAACCUAAAACGAAAGUACCCAAAGUUGUUAAUUUUUGAUAGGAGUUGAUACUGUUCUUAGUUACCACCUCACUGUUACUUUCCAGGUUAGGCUGAAGUUUGAGCCUUCAGCUCGAAGGCUGUGGUGCCUGUGGAAGCAAGCCUGGUUACAGACAGCACUCUGACCCUGACUGGGAAGUCGCCUGCAUCCUGUCUGUCAAAGGCGUUGAGGGUGAUUGUGUUCUAUAGACUCAUGUCUGUGUGUCUGUCUGUAUUUGAGGCAGAGUCUGUGCAGCCUAGGGUGGCUUCACAGUGGAAAUCCUGCUCAGUGUCCUAAGUUCUGAGGUUGCAGGCACUGUGGCUAAGAACAUACUUUAACAGGCUGAACUCAGGCAUUAAUCACUGACUGUAUACCUGGUUGUGACAGUCAUCCCCAUAAAUGUAAAUUAUGAAUCAAAAUUGACCACCCCUACAUAAAGCAUAUAGCUUUGAGUUUGUGAAUAAAUAUUUUUUAGUUGUUCUUAAUUCAGAGUACCAAUUUAUUGUAAUAGAAAUCUAUUUAUAUGUUGUCACAAAAUCUGUAAUUUUUCAUACUGAAAAUUGUAUCAGCUGUAUGAUAAAUUGUAUCAGCUGUAUUCUAUGUUGGUCUGGUCAUUGUACUCACUGUAGAGUCCCUUUGGAAACAGAAUUAUUUGUAAGCCUUAAUAGAGAUAAACAGGGAUCUGUUUGGUUUUGUUUUAGUUUUGAUACACAGAAUUAGAAAUUAUUAUUAUUAAAAGUGAAGAGUACUCCA